GCACUAUAGACUGCAGUGAGCAUAUCUCAUGCAAAAGGCAGAAGAAAAGAGAGACCUUUAGGAGAGGGAAAAAGAAAAUGCUGUUUGAAGAAGGAACAGUAUAACCUGACACACACGUCAGGCUUUACACAAGCAACAUGUCACGGCCUCCGGGAAGAAAGCAGGACAGCCACAAAAUAAGCAGAGAACUUUUUGUGCUCACAUACGGGGCCUUGGUAGCCCAGCUGUGUAAGGACUAUGAAAAAGACGAAGAUGUCAACAGUUGUUUAGACAAAAUGGGUUACGGCAUUGGCAUAAGACUGAUAGAUGAUUUUUUAGCUCAUUCAGAUGUGAAACGGUGUCGCAGUUAUUCUGAAACGGCAGACAUGAUUGCACAGGUGGCUUUCAAGAUGUACUUGGGGGUCACCCCCAGUGUGAGCUGCAGUAGUGCUGCAGGAAAUGAAUUCUCCUUAAUCCUGGACAAAAACCCAUUAGUGGACUUUGUGGAGGAGCUGCCAGCGGAGCGAGCAUCCCUUUGCUACUGCAACCUCCUCUGCGGAGUGAUUCGAGGUGCCUUGGAAAUGGUACACUUGGCAGCAGAAGUGACCUUCCUGCAGGACAGGCUGAGGGGUGAUGCUGUGACAGAAAUAGGAAUUACAUUUUUAAGGAAGGCUGAAGACAAGAAAGCAAAGAAGAAAUAAAUGAAAGAAAUGUCAAAAUAAAUCUUUCUAAGGGAUGCCUUAGAACUUUUGUUUCUGAGGAUGAAAUGCAGGGUAGAAAUGUUUCCUUAAGUCAUCUGCACCACCAGAUGUUGGAGGGGUGAAGAAAUCUGGAAGGAAAAGAUGA